CUAGUAGAGAAGACGCGCCAGGCGUACGGUAUCCUAGAUCAAGAUAUCUACAACUUUAAUGAGACUGGCUUCGCGAUAGGCGUCGCUAGCACGUCUAAGGUAGUUACUAGCUCUGAUAGAGUUAGUCGCGCAGUUAUCGUACAGCCAGGCAAUCGCGAGUAGGUAACAGCUAUCAAGUGUAUUAAUGCAUCUGGCUGGUGUCUUCCACCCUUCGUAAUUCUAUCUAGUAAGGUCCACCAGAAUAUUUAGUAUCGUAACCUCCCACUAGACUAGACUAUCGGCGUCUCAGACAACGGCUGGAUGACAGACGAGCUAAGUAUAGAGUGGGUGAAGCACUUCAACCAGUAUACAGCCGCUCGUACGGCUAGAGUCUAUCGUCUUCUUAUCCUAGACGGCUAUAGUAGCCACGCUACGCUAGAGUUCAACCAGUACUGCACAGAGAAUAAGAUUAUCACUCUCUAUAUGCCGCCUCACACGUCGCACCUCUUCCAGCCUCUAGACGUAAGCUGCUACUCCCCUCUCAAGCGCGCGUACGGACGCGAGGUUGAGGAGCUCGCCCGCCAUGGCGUCUACUAUAUUAACAAAACAGACUUUCUUAUAGCCUAUACACGGAUCCGGCCGACUAUAUUCACGCAGCAGAAUAUCUAGGUAGGCUUCCAGGCGACAGGCCUUAUCCCUUCUUGUCCAGAUCGCAUUCUAUUAUCGCUAACUAUCGUCCGAACACCGUCUCCAUUACAGACUACUGUAGAUAACAACAUUACAGCGCAGAUAGUAGCGCAGAUAGAGACACUAUAUAUAGU